AUGGAGAUGCAAUCCUAUUAUGCCAAGCUCUUGGGGGAGUUGAAUGAACAGCGAAAGAGGGACUUCUUCUGUGACUGCAGCAUCAUUGUGGAAGGGCGGAUCUUCAAGGCCCACAGGAACAUUUUAUUUGCUAACAGCGGCUACUUUCGAGCCCUGCUCAUUCACUAUAUCCAGGACAGUGGGCGGCAUAGCACCGCCUCCUUGGACAUUGUCACCUCCGAUGCCUUCUCCAUCAUCUUAGAUUUCCUUUAUUCUGGGAAGUUGGAUUUGUGUGGGGAGAACGUGAUUGAAGUAAUGUCGGCUGCCAGCUACCUGCAGAUGAAUGACGUGGUGAACUUCUGCAAGACGUACAUCAGGUCAUCCCUUGAUAUUUGCCGAAAGAUGGAGAAGGAGGCUGCUGUGGCUGCAGCUGUGGCGGCAGCAGCGGCAGCAGCUGCGGCAGCAGCGGCGGCGGCUCAUCAUGUUGACAGUGGAAGCCCCAGUUCAAGCAGGGAGGGGACCUCCUGUGGUACCAAGAGCUUGGUCUCCUCUCCAGCCGAGGGAGAAGAAAAUGUGGACUGCCCGAGAGAGUCCCCUUGCGGUGACUGCGGAGAUGGCCACCCUUUGGAACUGGUGGUGAAAGACAGCCAGGGAGGUGGCUCAGUUGACAGUGACCUCUCUACUCUGUCCAGACGGAUAGAGCCCAAGGUGGAAUUUGAUGCUGAUGAGGUGGAGGUGGAAGUUGGGGAACCGCUGCAGCAUUAUGCUGCCCCGCUGAGCCUGGCCCACGUGGAGGAGGGCUUGCCCAGCGGGCAGGUGGUUGACUUGGCUUACAGUAACUACCACAUGAAGCAGUUCCUGGAAGCACUCUUGCGCAACAGUGCUGUUCAGAGCAAAGACAACGUGGACCAUCACUUUUCUCGGGGUCUGGAGGGAAGACCGGAGGGUGCAGGAGUGGCCAUGGGUUCCAUGAUGGAUGUUCAGACAGACUGGUAUGGAGAGGACUCAGGUGAUGUGUUGGUGGUCCCCAUCAAGCUCCACAAGUGUCCUUUCUGCCCUUACACCGCCAAACAGAAGGGCAUCCUCAAGCGGCACAUCCGCUCGCACACGGGCGAGCGGCCCUACCCCUGUGAGACCUGCGGCAAGAGGUUCACUCGGCAGGAGCACCUGCGGAGCCACGCCCUGAGCGUCCACAGAUCCAGUCGUCCAAUCAUCUGCAAGGGCUGCAGAAGAACCUUCACCAGCCACCUGUCCCAGGGGCUGCGGCGUUUCGGGCUGUGUGACAGCUGCACCUGCGUCACAGACACGCAUGACGAUGACGACGACUUAAUGCCCAUCAACCUUAGCCUGGUGGAGGCUUCGUCCGAAAGCCAAGAAAAGAGUGACACAGACAAUGACUGGCCAAUCUAUGUGGAGUCUGGUGAGGAGAACGAUCCUGCUGGAGAUGAUCCUGACGACAAACCACAAAUUCGGCCUCACUUAUCACACCGAGAGACACUUACGUAG